AUGUCCUCUUCUAUUAUAACAUCACUUACGCCAAACCAAGUCAAUGAUGAAUUGAACAAAAUGCAAGCUUUCAUCAGGAAGGAAGCUGAAGAGAAGGCCAAAGAAAUUCAAUUGAAAGCAGAUCAAGAAUAUGAAAUUGAAAAGACUAGUAUUGUACGUAAUGAGACUAGUAACAUAGACACGAAUUUCGAAGCUAAAUUGAAGAAAUUAUCCCUAAAGCAACAAAUUACUAGGUCCACCAUUGCUAAUAAGAUGAGAUUGAAGGUCUUGAGUGCAAGAGAAGAAUCAUUGAAUGAUAUAUUUGAUUCAGCUAAAGAACAAUUGAUUGAAUUGGCUAAAGAUGAAACUAAAUAUAAACCGAUUUUGAAAGCUUUGAUUCUGGAGGCUUUGUUCAGAUUGUUGGAAAACAAAGCAGUAAUUAGAGUUACUGAAAGGGACUCGAAGAUUGUUCCAUCUUUAUUAGAUGAUGUGAAGAAACAAUAUAAGGAAGUUACUAAGAAGGAUAUUGAAAUUUCCGUUUCGAAAGAUUAUUUGAAUGAAAAUAUUGCAGGUGGUCUAUUUGCAACCAAUGGUGAUGGUAAAAUCGAAGUUAAUAACACUCUGGAGGAAAGAUUGGACUUGUUAAGUCAAGAAGCUUUACCUGCUAUUAGAUUAGAAAUGUUUGGUCCUUCCAAGACAAGAAAGUUUUUCGAUUAA